AUAAAACAUUUAAAACGGGAUAAAAAAAAACAAUAGAAAUGACAUUUAAAAAAUACAAUUAAAACCGUGUACAGUGCAAGUAAGAUGAUUAAAAAGUGAAAAUACUCUAAAAAGCAUGAGAAAAAUAAGAAAAGUUUUCAACCUGGAUAUAAAAACAUUCACACUCGGGGCUGACCUCACCUGUGUUGGCAAUUUAUUCCAUUUGUGUGCAGCAUAAUAACUAAAUGCUGCUUCACCAUGUUUGCUUUGGACUCUAAAGGUCUACAUUUGACCUGAGUCAGUCGAUCUCAGAGCCCUCCUCGGUUUGUAUUCAUUAGCAUUUCUAAAGUACACUUGCCUGAAAUUUUUACUUUACUUACUUCAGUAACGAAGUAUUACGAGACUUUUGUUUUGAAAAGGUAUGGAGUAAAAAGUAAAGAUACCUGUCUUUUCUGUAUGUUUUCAAUGUUGGGAGUAAAUCUAUAAAAUGGUCAGAAAAAUAAACACUUCCCCGGCACUCAUAUAAAGUACAGAUACCUGAAAAAGAGUAUUUUGUACUUGUAAUUCCCCCUACCCUUGCUUUGUCGGAUGUUGCAUUAGACACUGAAUGGAUGCUGGUGUUUUAGUGUUUCUCGAAUGUUUUAGUGUUGCCGCGUCGCCAUAACUCCUGUGCCGCUUCACGUCCUCCCAUAUACGUAGAGCGUUCCACUGUUUCCCCCCCAACCGAGCUUGAACGUAUCCGCGGAUUACUACUUUCUUCCGAUUGGUCGAGUACGCGCUCUCCAUCACUGUCCUCAAAUACGAUUGGCGAAAUGCGCAGUCAAUCCGCAUGCAUUCACGCCCCCCUCCAUCGGUUAGGCAGCAUUGCCCUACACAAGCCUUUCUCUCCGCGGUGGGUCGGAGCCGCUGUCCCUGGCAUCCUCCUCGCAUGUUCCCCUCCAAAUUCCGCUUAUAAAUUCAAUGCCCCGUUUAUUGCUUGGUUCGCUUUUGGCCUCCACCUUGUAACCUCCACUCGUGUCUAGUUUAUUUACCCCCGCACCCCUUGCGUUGACCAUGGCUGCUGUGGUGAGCGGCUCGUCGGGGCCGGUGGCUCGGCUCGAGGGCCGUGAGUUCGAGUACCUGAUGAAGAAGCGCUCGGUGAGCAUCGGCCGCAACUCGUCGCAGGGCUCCGUGGACGUCAGCAUGGGCCACUCGAGCUUCAUCUCACGGCGGCACCUGGAGAUCUUCACUGCUAGCGACGAUGGCUCCGGCGGCAGCGGAGACUUCUACCUGCGCUGCCUCGGCAAGAACGGAGUGUUUGUGGACGGGGUGUUCCUCCGCCGGGGCGCCGCUCCUCUCCAGCUGCCGCCGAUGUGCACGUUUAGGUUCCCCAGCACCAACAUCAAGAUCACCUUCACUGCUCUUUCUAGCGGCAGGAAAACAAGGCGCGAAGCCCCCGAGUCUCCCGUCAAGCCAGUACAGCCCCACUUCGCCCCGCUCACCAUCAACAUUCCUGACAACCUGGCCCACCUCAUGAGUCCCCUGCCCUCGCCCACCGGAACCAUCAGCGCGGCCAACUCAUGCCCUUCCAGCCCUCGGGGGGCCGGCUCGUCGGGAUACCGCAUGGGCCGCACGGUGAGCUCGGCCGAGUUGCAGCUGAUCAACGAUAACUCUCAGCCUGAGAACGACAAAGAUGCAUCAGGAGAGGACAGUCCCAAGGACGACUCCAAGCCACCGUACUCGUAUGCUCAGCUGAUCGUUCAGGCCAUCACGCUGGCACAGGACAAGCAGUUGACGCUCAAUGGGAUCUACAAUCACAUCACCAAGAACUACCCUUACUACAGAACUGCAGACAAGGGCUGGCAGAACUCCAUCCGCCACAACCUGUCGCUGAACCGCUACUUCAUCAAGGUGGCGCGCUCGCAGGAGGAGCCGGGAAAAGGUUCCUUCUGGAGGAUAGACCCGUGUUCAGAGGGCAAGCUCCUCGAGCAGGCCUUCAGGAAACGACGGCCCCGCGGCGUCCCCUGCUUCAGGACCCCGCAUGGACCCCUCUCCUCCAGGAGUGCCCCAGCCUCCCCAAAUCACUCGGGGGUGCUGUCAGCCCACUCCAGUGGUGUGCAGACCCCUGACAGCUUGUCCCGGGAGGGAUCCCCGGUCCCCCUAGAGAUGGACAGCUCCUCCUCCUCUGUAGUCCCCGCUGCCCCCACCACGGUGGUCCAACCCAAACUGGCCGUGAUCCAAGAAGCCCGCUUUGCACAGAACACGCCAGGCUCUUCAGUUGGCAACCAGCCGGUCCUGAUCGCCCUGCAGGGUCAGCUACCUCAAAGCAUGAAGCCGGUUACCUACACCAUGGCAUCUCCGAUCAGCACCAGCUCUUCCCAGCCGGUCCAGACGGUCCAGACGGUCCACGUGCUGCAACAGAUUCCCGCCGGCGCCACUGCCGUCAUCACACAGCCGGCCGCCGUCAUCAGCAAGACUGAACUGCCAUUGCAGGAGAACGGAGAGCAUGCGGACAGCAAAGUGAAAGUGGAGGCGGUGCCCACCAUCACAGCCACAGGCGCAGUGGGCCGCAUCAUUCAGACUUCGGCGUCAUCCAGCCCUCUGCAGACUGUCACCAUCCUGGGUCAGCACCAGUUGCCCAUCAAGACCAUCACACAGAACGGAAACCACAGUAUCACCACCGCCAUACAGAGCAGCGGUCUAUCCGUGGCGAACCCACUUCACCUGCUCGCCGACCACGCCUCCGCCUCCGCGUCGCUGCCCACUGUGAAGCGCACGAACGGUGACCAGCAGGCGGGCGGCGUUGCACCCCCAGAAGCAAAACGGGCCAAAACAGAGGAUGAGUCAAGGCCAGCGGACAACGGUAACAACUAAGCUCCUGAACGGAACCCCACAACACCCGCACACCACCCACCCCGGCACCACAGAGCGCCGCCCACCACAACCCAUCUGUUUUUUUUAUUUUUUUUUUUUUUUUUUUUUUUUUUUUUAAUUUUUACUCCUCUCUAGGGCUCCAAAGGAAUGGAAAAUUCCCGGUAAAUUUUUUGAAAAAUUUCCAGUACAUUUCUGAAUCAUAUCCGGGGCAUUUCAGAAAAAAUUCUAGAAAGACUGUUUCUGGAAAAUUACAAAAGGAAAAAAAAUGUUCCAAAGAAAUUAGAAGAGAAGUUAAGAUGGAGAAUUUUCAAACUAUUCCACAUUGUAAACUCCUCGUGGGAAUUAACUGGGAAUUUAGGCGGAUCCAUACAAAGUAGCUCUCCUUGCCAACAUGUGAACGCAAGGCAACAGUGUUCUUCCACCAACUGAGCCCUGGUAUGAAUAGUAAAAAAGCCACUAGUAAUUGAUGGCCCCAAGAAAUCUUCACUUAUUCAUUUACAAGAUGGCAGUAAAGCGCGACAUCGCAGGUGUCAAACUCAAGGCCCGGGGGCCAGAUCCAGCCCGCCGCUUUAUUUUAUCUGGCCCACAAACAUGAAUCCAGUUCAUCAGCUUGUAUGAUUCUUGUCAAAAUCAGUACUAAAUUCUCAAAUUGUCAUAUUUAAUAUAUGUGGAGGUGUCACAAAGCAUUUUUUGUGACCAAGCUCCUUUUUUUACAGUAACAUAAACAAUAACAAACUAUUUCUGCUUUCAAAACCAGUUAUCCAUCAAUGUAUUGUGUACUGCAUAUGUAAUAGUACGAUGUGUCAGUUAAACAUUUCUCCCUUUUCGCGGUCAUAACAAGAACCCUCUUAAGGAAACCGUUACAGUGUACAAUGUGGCCCGUGACAAAAAGGAAUUUGACACACCUGCAAAACCUGAAGUGCCUCUAUAGGUCCUUUGCACCGGGAUGUCACAACAUGAUGCCAAAUAUGAAUAAUAAUGAUUAUAUUGCUCUGAAAAACUAUUUUAGCCAAUAGCAGGAAGAUAUAAUUGCAAUCGGAUUUUGACCUUUGGGUGAAAUUUGCAGGAUGAACCAUGAAGGCUCUGUGUCCUUUCCUGAUUAACCUAACAAGACCUUAUGGAAACGUCUGAAUUCACAUUUUAAUCCAUGAAUACACAAAUACAUUUCAAAGGGCAACCGCUUUUAUGCCUUUCUGUGUUGGAACCUGCUGAUGACACAACAGGAAAACUAAUUGGCCAACGUUGCCAUUGCAAGGUUUCAAACUCAAUGUGGCCAAUGAACUUAGCGUCAUUGAGAGACUGGAAAACGCACAGAAAGGCACACCAGUGGACAGUCCCUGUUAGGACCUAACCUUCCAGUUAUAUUCCCCUUAAUUCCCAUGGAAAGUUGAGAAAAUUCCAGGAAUUUUGCAAGCCUACUUGUCUCGCCUGAGGUGCCAAAAAAGGAGCAAUGGGAAAAAAAACAAGAGCGGUGUUGAAUGGACAGGCCAAACACAACCGCCUUAAAUCCACCUUUGCCACGCCCCUCUCGCUGUCGCAUCUACCUCAGCAGAUAGGAGACACGCCCCCCUCACCCCGGGGGAAAAAAAAAACCAACAAACAACAACCUCCCCUCUGAACUUUUUCAUCCAGACCUGCCGGGCGGCGGCGAGGGUGGUAGACAUUUCAGAAACACCCUCACAAUCCCAAAAGGGGAUUUCGUAUUAAUCCCUGAUUUUUGGCAGCUAGCCGCUCAACUCGGAACUGCCUGUCCUGCAAUAGCCCUGCCAUGUAGAGCGGAGGACCCCCACCCCCUUACAAAAUAAACGCGGCGAGCUCGGCUAAAGACCUCAAUUCCACUCCUCAACCCUCUACGGAAAGCCGUUCGAGCAUUCCUUCCAUAGCACUGAUAUCAAUGAACAGUAAGGUCCGCGUAUUAGUACGCUCGUUAUCCUAACAAGACAAUUUAGUGCAUUACUGUCUUACUGGUUAAGUUUUUAUACUACUAGUGCUGCUUUGGCCAACUAGUAUGCAAUUAAACCUUACUGGUAAACUACUGUACUGCAUUAUUAACACUACUCGGCCCAACUAGGAGGCAGGUGUCGCACACUCGUAACCUCCUUAUCAAAUACAUCCUCAAUAAAUGAUCCAAGAACUUUCCAGAAAGCUCUUGGAACAUUUAUUCAAUUUCCCGGAAUAAAUGCACGCUUUGUCCUCACUAGUAAGACAAUUCAGUGCACUGAUAGAAUGACAAGGGUACACUAGAAAAAAGGUUGUGUUACAACUAUUGCUUUUCUGCCACCGGUACCACUACUAGUACGCUAUUUAAACAUACUAGUAAAUUACCGUCCUCCGCUUGUAACACUAGUAGGCCUAACUCGUAGGCAUGUCACUUGUAAGACAAGUCCGCACACUAGUAGAAUGAUUAAGAUUCACUCGUAGAGCAUCUUAAAUGUAAUAUUUUUUUCCUCACUACUGGUGGCGUUUUCUGUGAAAGUCGUUUGAAGCAUCGAUAUCCCGGAUGUCAAAUAAAUUCUAACAACUAAAAUUAUUAUCCUACAUAAAGUCCAUCAGACUAGUAGAACAACUGUUAUUUAUGUUUUGUUUUUUUUAACAUUUCUAGUCUCACGUUUGGCCUACACGUACUACCUUACACUGGAUAACAAGGAUAUGUACAUGCACUAGUGCACUUUGUCCUGACUCGUAGGACAACUUUGACAUACUACAUGUUACUAUUAAAGCAAAACUCUGUACGAGUUUGACAGCUGUGGGCUACCAGUGCUGUAGUGGCAAGUAAUGCUACUAGUUAACAUCAUGCGCUUUACGAGUUGUACUAGCAGCGCGCUGAUGUCUACUUGUGGAGUUUUACUUCACUAGUAAAUAUGUAGUGGUCUUGUGUGCAAAAAGUAGUGAGGGGGAAAAAUCUGCAGUGUGCACUAGACUACUAGUGUGCUGAAUUGUCUUCCUCGUGAGAACAAGAAGUGUAAUAGUACAUGGACAUGAAACUAAUAAGGAAUAAGUGCUUGAACAGAUUUUCAUAACUCUUCUCUCUCCCUCCAAAUCUGUCUUGUGACUUCUUCACGCAUAAACAUCACUUGAGUUAAAUAGAAAGGAAUCCUGCAUGUUGGAAGAAAGGAAAGAAGAAAGAAAGGAAGAAAAAAAACACCUGCACUUGAUUCAGUGUUUGUCUUUUUUUUUUUUUUUUUUUUUUACACCUUGUCAUCUCCUUGUUAUCACUCUUAAUCUCCCUCUGGUUGGCAGAAAGAAAAAAAAAAAAACAAUCCAAGGAGACCCCCCCAGGUGUGCAUAAUAAUUUGACUCGUUCGCAGUGCCCUAUGACUUUCUGCUUGUACACGUUCUGAACCAUAGCUAAAGAAGAAAAACGAAAGUUUGUCCAGCCACAGUGGAGAAAUGCUUUUUUUUUUUUUUUAAUAAAUUAAUUUAAAGUC